CUCCGCGCGGCUCUUGCUCCCCGCGAUCACAGCUUUCAGUGAACUGGGUCAGGGAACCGACUGUGUAACUCGUGUGCCUGGAGAUGGCAGAGCAGGAGCCAACGGCGGAGCAGCUGGCCCAGAUUGCAGCUGAGAACGAGGAGGAUGAACACUCGGUCAACUACAAGCCGCCAGCCCAGAAGAGCAUCCAGGAGAUCCAGGAGUUGGACAAGGAUGAUGAGAGUCUGCGCAAGUACAAGGAGGCGCUGCUGGGCGCUGUCACUGUGAGCGCAGAUCCUAAUGCUCCAAAUGUGGUGGUGACCAAACUAACUUUGGUCUGUGCAACUGCUCCUGGCCCUCUGGAGCUGGACCUGACAGGUGACCUGGAGAGCUACAAAAAGCAAGCGUUUGUGCUGAAGGAGGGUGUGGAAUACCGGAUAAAGAUCUCCUUUAAGGUGAACAGGGAGAUUGUGUCAGGGUUGAAGUAUAUCCAGCACACGUUCCGAAAAGGAGUGAAAAUUGACAAGACUGAAUACAUGGUUGGGAGCUACGGCCCCCGAGCAGAAGAGUACGAGUUUUUGACCCCCAUGGAAGAGGCUCCGAAGGGCAUGCUGGCCCGGGGCAGCUACAACAUCAAAUCCAAAUUCACAGAUGAUGAUAAGACGGACCACCUGUCCUGGGAGUGGAACCUGACCAUUAAGAAGGAUUGGAAGGACUAGCCCUUCCCAAGGCCAAACCCUGAGAGCGCAAAUCAGACAGUGGCUACUGUAGAAACCCCUCCCUGUACCAAAGUGCUGACAUUGGAACCCUCUUCCCUUUCACUCCCCCCCUCCAUUUUAAGUUGUCCACGGAGCUGUUUUGUAACGUGCCCCCUCCCCAGAGAAUCACUGAACAGAACUGGCCAAACGAGGCUGUCUGCAUCUGACCUCCAGCUGCCGUCCCAGGGCUGAGACGCCCCCGGGCAGAGGUGGGAGCCCUUGCUCCUGUGCCCGGCCCUCCUCUGUUCUGAGAGGUGCCGAGGGGGAAAGACUCCUUUGUCCCACAAAGGGAGCAGAUUGGGGAUGUUCUUAACUCCCUGCACACAGCUCAGGGCAGCUCUCGCCCCAGGUAGCUGGGGGCUUUGGAGCCAGGCAGCCACUGAAUCUGUUUGUUGGCUAAAAUCAUGACUGGCCUGCCCCUUCCAUCCAGCCAGUGUCCUGGGAACACUGGCAGUUUCAUUCGUGGAUGUUCCCCGUAACCAUGAUGCCUUAAUGUGUAACAUGUGCCCUCUAGGGAGGGGGCCCUGCCCUUGUUACACUUCUUAAGCGCCCCCCGCCCGCCCCGUGUCUGUUGGCCUGGCACUCGGCCGUCCCUCGUGGGUUAGCAGGAAUGAUUCACGGCUUCCCGCUUCGCUGCUCGUCCGCUCUUCUCUGAGACUGGACAUGUCCAAGGGAGGGAGCGGUGCCAUCCUGGGGGUGCCCCCACCAGCCCUGCAGGGCCCAGCCCGUCCACGCAGAGCUCUGACCUCCCUGGGCAGCCCCGGCACUCCCAGGCUCGGAGCGGAGCAGGGCAGGGCACUGUGGGAGUCCCCAGUGCUGCCGCAGGCUCCUCGCGGCAGCCUGUGUAGAUGCAGGGCACUGAGACACCAGGGCAGCCCGUGUAGCUGCAGGGCACUGAGACACCAGGCAGCCUGCAUAGCCGUGGGGCAGCCUGCGUAGCCGCAGGGCUCAGACACCGGGCAGCCCCUGCCCACACCGGGCUGCUCUGUUCGCGCGGCAGUGCUGGUGCCGUGGACAAACACCCAAGAGCGGUUAAUGCCUUACGUAUCCGUUCUGCCUUCGACAUCUGUGCCUGGCCUGUCAGUAUUUAUUGCCUUGACACUAGACGACUCCUCUGCGUGCCCAGAGCAGACCCGCGCAGCGCUCCAGCCUGCUCCCAAGGCCGCACGGACACGGCAGCCCCGGCGACGGGGCAGGCAGGGUCCAGCGUUGCAGCCCCUUAUUCGGAUCCUCCCACACUGAGGUUGUACUAGAACCGGGACCAAGUACAUGUGGUUUUCUCGUAGCUACGUCUCUGCCUCUAACUCUUCCUGCCCUGCCCCUAGAGAGAUUUUUUUGUUAAUUUGAUUUGGUGCAUAUUGUCUGUAAAUCCUAGACCCAGGUUAACAGGUUUGGAAUCAUCGUCUGCUUCUCCUUUUAUGACAGUUAAAUAAAAACUUUGAACUGAC